GGGCCGCUGUAUCAGAGAUCAGCAUGGUUAGGCAUGGUUUUUACUUGAUCGUCAAACAUCAUUGUUUUUGAAUGUUUGAAAUAGUUGUUUUCAGCUGACAGUUUUAAAUUGUUUUAUUCUUUCUGAAAACCACUUUGAGCUCCCCCGCCCCCUUACAACCAAGCGGCAUACAGAUUUUGUCAGGGAAAUUUUGUCAGGGAAAACCCGUAUCUAUGGCAACGCGAUGGAAAAACAGCUCCAAAAGCGUAAAAUCACUACUUUUCAGGGGAGGAUCCCCCCCAACAAAAGCUAAACAAUUUGGGUCCCCCCCCAAAAAAAAGAGCGGCUGAAAAGAGGACGGUGCGCCUGACUGCGGGCAGCGGAAUUUAGUGCCGCUCCCUUAGGCCCUCCCCGCUGUUCUCUACGGCGCUUCCUCCGCCCCCUCUCACCUACCCCCGCCCCUGCGCGGAGCUGGAAGGGGGCGGGGCUUCAUCCAGCUCUCCAACCCUCUAUUGUCUUCCCUCCUCCUGGCCCCUCUGGCACUCCGGGCGGCUCUCGGGCGGCGGCGGAGUUUAUCGCCGCUCCCUGGGCCGCCCCCUCCGCUUUCGGCCGCGGCGGCUACGAUGCCUCAAGAUGGCGGAGGCGGCCGAGCUGAAGGAGUCAAAGUGCCCACUGCCAUCAUUGCCCACUGCCAGACCCCGGAAUAUGCAGUUGCCCCUGCACAUGGUUAUGAGCUUUAGAGUGUCGGAGCUGCAGGUGCUUCUGGGCUUCGCAGGCAGGAACAAGAGCGGGAGGAAGCAUGAGCUGCUCACCAAGGCCCUGCAGCUGCUGAAGUCUGGCUGCAGCCCGGCCGUUCAGAUGAAAAUCAAGGAGCUGUACCGGCGGCGGUUCCCCCGGAAGAUCCUCACCCCCUCGGACUUAUCCAUGCUGCACCUCCAGGCGGGACAGCUGCCCUCCACGACGACGCUGACCCAGGGCACCAUGUGCCACUUGCCCUAUGACAACGGGUCAGUGACCUCUGGGGUGCCAGUUGGCAUGUUGCCCCCGGUGCCUAUGUUGGGACCCAAGCAUGAGGCGGACGUCCCACACCUGUCUCCCCCCAUCCACCCGGUUCACCCGGACGUGAAAAUGCGGCGAUUGCCCUUCUACGAUGUAUACGACGAGCUCAUCAAGCCCACCACGUUGGCGUCUGUGAACAGCCAGAGGUUUGAGGAGGCUCACUUCACCUUUGCCCUGACUCCUCAGCAGGUGCAGCAGAUCCUUGCCUCUCGCGAUAUCUUACCUGCUGCCAAAUGUGACUACACUGUCCAGGUACAACUGAGGUUUUGUUUGUGCGAAACCAGUUGCCCGCAAGAGGACUAUUUCCCGCCCAAUUUGUUUGUCAAGAUCAAUGGGAAGCUCUGCCCUCUUCCGGGAUAUCUUCCCCCCACCAAAAACGGGGCGGAGCCCAAGCGGCCCAGUCGACCCAUCAACAUCACCCCUUUGGUGCGGCUUUCGGCCACCGUCCCCAAUACGAUCGUCGUGAACUGGUCUUCUGAGUUUGGCAGGAAUUACUCCCUAUCGGUUUAUUUGGUGAAACAGUUGACAUCAGUGACACUGCUACAGAAACUGAGAGCCAAGGGCAUCCGAAACCCAGACCACUCACGAGCCCUGAUCAAAGAAAAACUGACAGCCGACCCCGACAGCGAAAUAGCGACAACGAGCUUACGAGUUUCUCUCAUGUGUCCGCUGGGCAAGAUGAGGCUCAUCGUCCCCUGCCGAGCUUUCACCUGCACCCACCUGCAGUGCUUCGACGCAGCCCUUUACCUUCAGAUGAAUGAGAAGAAGCCCACCUGGACCUGCCCUGUCUGUGACAAGAAGGCCCCCUACGAGGCCUUGAUCAUUGACGGGUUGUUCAUGGAAAUCCUCAACUCUGUCACAGACUGCGAUGAGAUCCAGUUCAUGGAGGACGGCUCCUGGUGCCCCAUGAAGCCCAAGAAAGAGAACCAGGAGGUUUGCCAGCCGUCUUCUUACAACGGGCUGGAAGCCUCGCUGUACACAGUGGGCUCUGACGGGAAGCAGCUGGCCGAAGGCAAGAAGAAAGUGGAGGUCAUCGACCUCACGCUGGACAGUUCUUCGGACGAGGAGGAGCCCCCCGCCAAGAAGCCCUUCCCACUCACCACUGCCACCAUCCCGUCUGCAGCGGGACCCAAGGGAGUAUUAAGCCCUGACCACCAGCCCUCCUCGGUGCUGCGCAGCCCGCCGAUGGCCACUGUGGGGAGCGACUACCUCUCCAGCCUUCCGAUCCCCGACUACCACCCUUACCAGGUCCCCUCGGACAUCCAAGGAAUUGUGGUCUGGGGAUUUGGCAGUGCAAGAGAGGAGAGGAGAGAAGGCAGAGUCCGAAAAGUAAAAAAAGGUCUGGAUUUGUUUUCCUUCCUUCAAAGUGAAAAUCAGCAUUACAGCCCUUCCGUGAUCACCUCCCUGGAUGAGCAAGACACCCUGAGCCACUUCUUCCAGUAUCGUGGCACCUCACCCCAUUUUAUGAACCCCCUCGCCCCUGUGGUGGUGGGGUCCCAUGGCACCGUGGGCUCCCCCACCGGCAGCAGCAGCCGCAUGAACAGUGUUACCUCUUCGCCCACCACGGCCUUGCGGGAAAGCCACGUGCGCAGUGGCACCGUGGGGGGAAGUCCCAUCUUGCCGGGGUGCCGGCCAGAUAUCAUCUCUCUAGACUAAAAGCUUGCGGCAUGGAAUAUACCCUUUCUCUACAGGAGGGCAGGAGGUGGAAUCGUCGUUCCCCCACUGGAGCGAAACAAGGAAAAGACAGAAUUCCGUCAAGCCUGUUUCUUGCAAAGAGACAAAUCGGGCAAAGAUCUUUCUCUUGUGUUCCUUCAGGGCUCUUUUUUUCAUUCUGCAAUUCCGCUCAAGGUUUGAAAAAAUGAUGGAAUUGGCUCGGGACAGUUUGGGGCCCCCAAAGAAUCUCGCUUUUUCAUUUGGCCUUGGAGCUGCUUGGGAGUUUUGAGCUGGUGGAGUCCGGAAAGCCCUGAAGAACUGGGGAAACAAGAUUUAAUCUCAGUCAUGGGAGCGUCGAGUUCCAGG